AUGUCAGAUUCGGGUCUUACUCCUUCGCGCUUAGGUACUGGUUCCGCCUCAGGCCAACCUGGAAGCUUCAGCUUUACACCAUUUACGUUCGAUCAAGCCUCGGUUGUUGCAGACCCGAUGAACAGGAAAUCAUUAUCAACUUUCGACAGUAAAGCACCAAGUCCGGCACCUUUGAUGGCUUCUGUCCCGACUGCUGCGGAACGAAGGGAGAACGCCAAGGCCAAGAGGAGAGUGCCGCCGUCGCAGAGGAAACGAACAAAGCUCAGCUGUGAUGCUUGCAAAGCCCGAAGAUGCAAGUGUCUCCGCAUCACCACAGCCCUUGGUUCAGAGGAUGGGCAGGUGGAUGGUGCUUUGACUCCCUGCAAGAACUGUGUUGAUACUGGCAUCGAAUGUGUCACGACAUUACCUCGGAAGCAGAGAAUCUAUGGCAGCGUCGAGAAUCUCGACCGCAGGUAUCGCGCUCUAGAUGCGCUCGUCUCAGGCAUGUUCCCACAAUUAGGUCCAGACGCUACUGCCGAGGAUAUCGCGACUUUUGGAAAGGAGAAUGGCAUCGUGAUGCCCGUGCUCGGCGAUGAACCAGACGGUGUCACGUCGCCGGCGUCGAUGGCAGCCCUCGUAUCUCCAGUAUCUCCACCAAGUCUCGACCGGAAGAUCGGGGAUGAGCAUUCUGAUUCAGGACAUAGCAGUAUUGAUUUCUACAAGGACACCAGCGGCCGAUCUCACUAUGUUGGACCAUCAGGGAGCCUGGCAACUUUUGCCAGGAUACGUCAUUUGAUCGCUCGACGGCUGCAAGCUUCACCGGACCCCGAUACCCGCCGCCGGGUAGAGCAUGUUUCGUCAAAAAGCGUCACUGAUGCUAUCGCCAGUUCAUUCAACGAGAAUCCCGACCAUGUGGGCCUGUGGUCCGGUGAUUCCAUGACCUCAAACGCAUCCCCAGAUAAACACCUUGAAAGAUCGUCGAAUACGAAGUCCAAUGUUCCUUCCAACAAUGGGGACUCACAGUAUUGGAUACCGACGUCCAAGAUCAAACUACCCACGAAGCAUAUCGCCGAUGCAUGCGUGGAAGCGUUUUUCGAAAAUGUCCAUCCAAGUUUCAUGUGCAUUCACCGCGCGACGUUUCAACAACACUACGAGGACCUCUGGAAGACGUCUUCAGGACAUCAGAGCGUUUCCUCCGCCUCGAGGCACAGCGGCACCUACGUCUCUGUCGGAUGGCUUUGUUGCUUGUACAUGAUCUUCAUACUGGGCUCCAGGACCAUGAAGAAGAACCCAACAUCUCUCGAGUUUCAGCGUACAUACUUUGACUGCGCGAAGCAGCUUCCUUCAAAGCUUACUGGCUCGACUCUCCCAAACAUAUCUGCAUUAAUGCUUCUCGCAUUGUACUGCCUCAACAUCAACGAUCGUACUGGUUCAUGGGCAUUUCUGGGUCUGGCCUGUCGUCUUGCCGUCUCGCUAGGAAUGCAUAGAGAGUGUGUGGGUGACGGUAUCAAUACAUUAACCAGGGAGAUUCGAAAACGUGUGUGGUGGACUUUGUACGACUGCGAGCAACACCUGUGCUGUUCACUCGGUCGGCCCAGUGCCAUUGACGAUGUAGAGAUUAACGUCGGCGUUGCUGACGAAGAGCUGUUACAGUGUGACAUAAGCCUACCUGCUGAGUAUUCGCAAAACCUUGUAUAUCUACUUCGAUUAUUAGGCACGAUCCGUCGAAGUGUCCACGAACCUUCAGUAUCGGUGAAUACUAUUUUGCCGCGAGAAGUACAGCUUCUUCGCUGUCUGGUCCUAUGGAAAGCCGGUCUACCGGGGUUCUUACGGCCUACGCCCCCAAACGAGGCAAAACCAGACCCUCGGAGAUGGCGAAGGAUCAUUAUGAUGAAUGUUCAAUAUCAAAAGUCGCUCAGUCUUCUGACUAGACGCUUCCUCCUCCAGGAGGUAGAGUCCGCUGACCGUAAGGAGGAUCUGGGAGUCGACGCAUUCGCUAUCAUUAGCUUGGGCGAGAUAUGUGUUACCUCAGCGAUGCGCAUGGUCAGUCUACUGGUCGAUCUGUGGAAAGCCAAGAUGUUCAAUGGCAUCACAGCGAUUGAUACCUAUUAUGCGUAUCUGGCGAGCAUUCAGCUCAGCCUGAGACUUCUUGAACCUAGAUAUUUGGUGUCACAUCAGCGUCUCAGCAAGGUGCCGAACGAAGAGAAAUUCCGGCCAUCCGCCACCCCAGCACUCAAGUCGAGCUUGGACUACGAGAUCGAAGCUCUUAUCACUCAAUCGCAACUAGUCGAGACCUACAGUGUCGCCGAGCUAACAGAUGCUGUACGCCAACUCAACGACGUAUUCCAGACGGUAGACAUGUGUGGUUUUAGCGCCAAGUGUAGCAUCAUAUCUGCCGAAUUUGGCAAGGCCGUAGGAGCCAUCGAUGGGGAGCCUUCAUCGACGCUAUUUAACGGCAAACUAGGACAGAACUUGGAAAAGGUUGAGGAAAACCGGCGUCUGGGACCAACCCAGCAGGAUGGCCUGGAUGCAGCAAACGACGGGAGUUUCUACACUGGAAAUAUACCUCCAACCCUGGACAACAGUGAUGGAUAUCACUCACAAGACAGCAGAUUUGUCCAAACUGAUUUGGCUGGAGCGUAUAUUCAGCCACAGGCUAUGGGGAUGAACUACGACUAUGGCGGCGUUUUCAACACCAACAGCUUGCUCAAUGUAUCAUCCUCGCAGCCGCCGGAUAUUCAGUGGGAUCAGGUUCUGCAAGCGGCUGAUUGGCAACAACCUCACGACAUGUUCAAUGACAUGACAUCUAGUGCCUGGUCCUGGCCUCAUCAAAGCAAUCUCGCGUACGACCCCAUGGCUCCACCUCAGUGA